AGGACGCGCGUCGGGCGGAGCUCCAGCCCGGGUGAUCCGCAGCGUAGCGCCCCAGCCCGGGUGAUUCGUCCCGCACCGCCAUUUGGGGUUGCUGCUCCCGAUCUAGCGCCAUCUCCUGAGUGAGGGGAGCGGGGCCCUGAGUGUGGGAUCACAUCCCCCCCCCCCUUACCCCGAUCACCUCAACCCGGCUGCUAACCCGCAGCCUUGGGCUGCUGCAGUUGGCCUGUCCGCCCAUCUUUCCACUGGCCCUGGAAACGCCGUGAGCGUUGAGGGAUGUUGCGGUGGUUGCUGGGAGGAAGGGAUGUGCAAGAACCAGUGGAGAAGUCACUGGUUCUAUGCUUGGGAGAUGACCAACCAAAGAAUCCCUACACAGAACUCCAGGUACUAAAAGGUCAUAGUGAUAUUGUUCGCUUCAUGGUAUGGAUUGAUGAUAUCAGGUUUGCCUCGGCAGGGGAUGAUGGGGUUGUGUUUUUAUGGAAUGUUCAGACCGGAGAGAGACUUCAUGAGCUGCGUGGCCAUUCAAGACCAAUCACAGGAAUUGCUCUUAUUCCAUCGACGUAUCAUUUGCAGUCAGAAAGUUGUCAUCUUCUCACUGCUUCUUCUGAUAAGACAGUUAUUAUCUGGGAUUUAGACACUGGCAGCCAAAUCCAUUUGUUGGCAGAAUUUCAGUCUUCUGUUAAGUGCUUGAUGGUUAUCGAAAGGCUUGAUGUGUGGCUGUCUGGAGCAGACAAAAUAUGUGUUUGGAACUAUAAUGCAGAAUUGCUCUGUAAAACAACUUGUUUUAAAGAUGCAGAUGUGAGUUUAAUGAUUGAACUCCCAAAAACCAACAUUGCUGCAGUGAUCAGGAAGGAACUAGUUAUCUUCAAGCUGGUAACAUCAUCAGAAUCUCACACUUGGGAAAUUACUGAGAUGCGAAGACUAUCAAACCAUGAAGAUGACAUUAGAGCACUAAUCACUAUAAAUGAUUAUACGUUUGCAACUGGAUCUCACGUGGGUGAGUUAAUAAUUUGGGAUGCACUGGAGUGGACAGUUAAAGCGUUUGAAUCCCAGUUCUGGAAUGCUGCACCACAGUCUGACAAACCAGCUGAGAUAAAGAUAUCCCGGACUGCAUACCAGCAUGAAACCUGUAUUCAUCAUCUGUCUUCAGAUGGAGAGAACAUUUUUGCUGCCAUUGGGACUGGAAUUUAUGUGUAUAAUCUUCAGACAAAAACUGUGAUUGCCUACCAACAAGUGGCACAUGAUUCACGAGUACUGCAUAUUGCGAAGUUGCCAAACAACCAGUUGGUCUCCUGCUCUGUUGAUGGCAGUGUUCGCCUCUGGGAAUUGCAGGAACUUCCUCCAGCAGAGCCUGCUACAUCAGGGAUUUUUAGUAUGUGGGGAAUUGGGAGGCCAAACAAGCAGCAAAACCAAAUGGUAAAACGCAAGUUGGAGUGUUCUAUGUUGAAGACUUUGGAGUUAACUGGUGAUUUGAUUGGUCAUUCAGGUGCAGUGCAAAUGUUCCUGUAUUCUAAAGACCAUGGAAUUGUAACUUGUUCAACAGAUCACCUCAUCAUCUUUUGGAAGGAUGGAGAGAGGGAAUCACAGUUACGGAGUAAGGCGUUAUUCCAACAAUUAGAACAAGAUGAUGUGUAAUCUUGAGUUUAUUGUGAAGCAAAUGAAAUGAAUGUUAUAUGAUAGUUAAUAAUGGAUUCAAAUGACCUGUGGAAAGUAUAUUUCUGUGGAUUCAUGAUAUUGAAGAAAGUAUCAAGAUUCUGCUAAUAUGUUGCUUGUUGACUGGUUAUGUAUAUCUAUAAUUGUGAGUACAUUUUCUGCUAAGAUUGCCUUCAUUACGAGUUCUGGAUUUAUAUUAUCUUGGUGUUGCAAAUGGUCUUCUGAGCAACUAAUUUUUGCUUAUCUGUGAUUUGUAAAGAUUACAAAAUGAAAAUUUGUGUAUUUAAAGGAACUGUGGCAAUAAGACCCAGACUUUUGUCAUAAAAUGUUUUUUUUAAAUAAUUUUAAAACAUUUGCUAAAAAUAUCUUGUUGUGACCCCCAUCCACCCCACCACCAUCACUGUAGGUUUGAAAUUGUAUAUAGUAAUGUUAAAUGCAAGAUGCUUCCAAAAUCAGAAAUUUAUUUUUCAAAAUCUGGAAAUUCCACACAAGGUGAGGUUAUAUUUUUGAUGAUAUUUACCCCACAUUGUUUUUUGAGGACUUUGAUGCUAGUGUGUAUCAAUAAAUUGUCAGUUCAUUGCUCUUGGUGGGAAAGGACUUGGAAAGUCUUUCUGUAAUGUUGCUGGUUGCCUGUACCAUGAGUAGAAAAGACGUGGUCUUCAUUUUAAUCUGAAUCAUUUAACACCAUUGCCAAUUUGCUUUACCUAUUUGACUUUACUGUAUUAAAUGAGGACAAAAUGAA